AUGGCUGCCCAAACCACCAACGCUCCGAUUGCGGUCAAGCGCCUGGAGCAGAUAGCUAGCGACGUGUGCAACAGCGUUUUCGAAGGUACCGAAUAUUACGAGCACCCCAAGACGGCGCAAUGGAACGAGACGAUCAUCAGCAAAAUGCUUAAGGCGGUGAUGGCGGAGGCUACUCCCCAAGGCGCCACCGUGCCUGCCUACAAGUUUGCCAUCAACAGCACCAUUGUCCAGCACGUCGUCCCCACAUCGCAGCUGAACAAGCCGACCACGCAGUCAACAGAAGAGGGCACGUCCAAGAAGGGGCAGGCUGGCCGGCGCGGGAUGCACAGCGCGACCGGCGGCUACUGGAACGAGAAGACGGACGGCAUGUGGAGCUUCAAAUGGGAUGGCGAUGCCAAGGGUUUGGAUGUUGUCCUUAUGGUUAUUUGGAUCGCUGUCUGA